UUAGUACGCAGUCAUUGAUAGAUCCGGCAUUAAGAAGUAAAUAAUGUUAUUUUAUUAAAAAAGAUUAUUAUUAAAGUUAUAAAACAUUAAUGUUAAUUGUAAAUGAGAUAGAAUUUAUUGUGACAAAGAAUUUAAUAUAUAUAAUAUUAAUAUCAAGAUAAAAGAAAUAUAUGUGUGUGAAAGAUGUCAAAAACGAAGAAGAAUUCACAUAGCAGCGAGGAAUUUAGUACAUCGUAUUCAUCUUCUUCCGUAUCAUCUGACGAGGAGAUAGAUGCAAGAGAUUUAAAGCCUAUGAAAGAUUAUCUUACGAAUCGUAGAGAAUUAGCGCGUCAACUUUUUAAAUCUGUCAAACCUGAAAAGAUACGUAUGAUGCUACCACAAGCAUUAAAGAAAAUGGAUUUUGAAGAGCUAGAAGAAUGGUGUGCUAGCGAAUUAAGUGGGAUGUCCAAAACUCGUGUAUUAUGUAUUUUGGAUGGGAAACCUAUGUUAGAAUCGUCUGACACUAGUGAAUCAGAUGAAUCAGGUCCUUCUUUAGAAAUUAUAUCUGAUACUGAGGAAUGGCUUACCGAGGAUGAUAAUAUUAAGAAAGAAGAUGGUAUGUCUGGAAAAACAAAAGUAAAGAAACAUAAGAAUACAAAUAAAAUAAAGUCACAGAGUAAUAAUAAAAAAGAGGAUAUAGGAAAUUCUAAGAUAAAAGCUAAAAAUACUAAUAAAGAUGGAAGCAAUAAUAAAUAUAAAGAUAUCAAAGUUAAAAAGGAGGAAGAGAAAGAAACGGGUAAAGAAAAGGAAGCUGAUAGUUUGUUAGAUUUGUUAGAAUUAGAAAUGCGUGCUAGGGCAAUUAGAGCUUUGAUACGUAAAGAAGAUGAUAUAAUACCAAAUUCAAAUGAAUCCAAGGCGUUGGCAAAUAAUGGUACAGUUGAAGAAAAUCAUGUUAAUAAAUCUAGACAAGAUGAAAUAAAUGCAAAGGAGAAUUGUCGACGGCAAUUAGAAAAAAUUAUAAAUUCUCAACGAAUGGAUGGAGAUGAAGAAGAUGUAGUAUUAGUAGUUCAGCCUACCCCAACAAUUGAGUUAUUGUCUAGUGAAAGUGAAAAUGAUGAAGUUGGAACAAGGGUAAAUCAAAAAUUAGAAAAUGAACGUAAAAUAGAAAGUACAGCCAAUUUGGAUAAUAAAAAUAAUGUUACCGGUUCUACGGAACAAGGAGUUAGAGAAUCAAGAGUAAUAGAAGGAAGAGAUAAUGAUAAAAAAAUUAAUAAUACUAAUGAAGAAAUAUCUCAUCCUCAUACUUCACAUGACAAAACUAAUUCUUCAUUGCCAUCUACAAAUAUUGCAGAUAAUUCCACAAAACGUAAAAAGGUGAAAAAGAAAUCACAUUCUAAAUGUGAAAUAAGAUCUGAAAGUUCUUUAAAUACAAAUAGUAAAUCUAAUGAAUGUUCAGGAAAGAAAGAAGAGAAAGUUUGUCUGCUUGAAGAAAAAGAAAAAAUAACAGAAAAUAUAUCAAAAUCAGAAGAACCUGUCCCUUCUGUAUCAAAUACAAAACAGAAAGUUGUUUCUGAUGAGGAUAAAUUGGCUGACUUUGAGGAAAUAAUCGAUUUAGAUAAUUACUCUGACGAUAUGGAUGAUUUGGAAAAUUGUGAUAAUGAUAAAAAUAAAUAUAAAGAUAAAGAAAAAAUUCAAAAUAAGGAUAAUAGUAUUAUAAAGGAACAAAAGAGUUCACAGGUAAUAGACACUAAUUCAUCCAAUUCACAGAAAUUGAAAUCGGCUGAAACUUGGGCAACUCGUUAUUAUCAAACAGACGAUGUUCAAAAUGUUAUAAAAGAAUCAAAAAUACAAUCAGAAAUUCGCAAACGUUUAAGAGAACGGCAGAGACUUUCUAAACUUACCAAUUCACCAAAUUUAAAUUCUUCGCCAUCUCGCGUACCAGAAGUUAAUAAUGAUAAGGUAGAAACAAAACCUACUGGUUCUGUCGAAGAAUAUUUAGCUUUGAAACAAGCAAACCAAUCAAAUUUGAAUGCAAGUAGUGACUCUGUUAAUACACAGGAAAAAGAUAAGUGCAUAAAUAUAUGCAAUGAAAAAAACGUAAAUGUGGGAGAUGAAAAAUUAAUUACUUCUGUAAAUGAAGAAGAUGUACAAAAAUCAAUUGUAACUACUGUAAAUAAUAAUAUAUAAAUUCUUCAAUUGCUUUAUAACAAAUAAUAUCAUAGUAAUGAAUUAGAAUACUCAGGCAUAUAUUUUUAUAAUAAAAAGUAUGUAUAUAUGUACCAUUCUUUUAUUCUUAAAUUACAAAUCUAUUUGUUACUAUGUACACAUAUAUAUAUAUAUAUUAAUUUCGUGCAUCACAAGACGGAUUAAUUGCAUUCAUGUUAUUAAAUAUUUUAAUCUAAUGUAUUUGCUUGUAGGAAUUAGGAUAUUUCCUCAGAGUAUUUUCUUCUUGUAUUUUUCACAGUCAAGUGCUGAUAUUUGCUUCUCCAAAAAAAUUUUCAAAUUUCGUUCUAUUAUUCCCUUGAGAUAAUUCUUGAAAAAUCUUGUAAACCAAUUUAUCAAUUUCGGUCCAAAAAUAUCCAUUAUACCAAAUCCAGUGAAUCUCACUUCCAAUUUAUCAAACUCUGAUACUUUAAUAUCCUCUAAUUUUAUUGUACACUGUGGAGUAUUAUAAUCUGCACUUAUUUUAACUCUUAAUGCUAUAUUUUCUAUUGUACCUAAUAUAUCGCCACAUAUAUUUAUAAAAUCGUAUUUAAGCUGUAAAUCACAAAUAUAAAUUUACUAUUAUAUAAACUAUCAUAUCGUCAAUAUAAAUGUAUACAUAUAUAAAUUUUUUAUAAGUUUACCUGAUAUUUAUUAAAACGUACAAUUGCAUUAGAUAUACCAAAACCACAAGAAGCCGUAUAUUUAUGGCCUUGUUGAAUUAAAAUUACAUCUGCUGUUCUUUUAAUAGUCGUUAAACCCCUGGAAAAAAUAUAUUUACAUAAUCCAUUGAAAUAAACGUAUAUGUAUAUUUAUGAAACAUUA